AUGCCACCUGUUCGCGAAGCGGUCUCUCUGUGGGCCCAUUUCGGCAGAGAGCUCGCGCUGUCCACAGAUCAGCACGGUCUCCUCUGGCUACCGUUCGAAGUGUUGCAGUCGCCGCAGUCUUACGCGGAAAGCUACAAGUACCUCAUCGAGAAGCUACGGAUCGAGCCGUGCGGAAAUCCCGCCGUGUUCCUUCGUCGGACGAAGUCAGGAGAGUCCUGGUGGCAGAACGUCAUCUUCAAAGUGGCCGUGGCCUCUAAAAGCGGAAAAUGUAUUUGGACUCCGAUCCCUGAGGUCGAUCAGAGCGCACUCCUCAGUGACGAUUUCCUCUCUCCGGACUACCUGAGUUCACAACUUGACGAAAUCGCGAUCGAAGACACGAUGUCAGUGCAGAGAGAUAUGCGAUCGCAGAUACACAAGGUAUUCGAGAGCGCCCGCUUCACCGACGAGAGGAGAGGCGCGUUGUCGGCUGAGCUCCUGGACUCGGUUUGGCCAUGUGAAAAAAUAUCCCGGAGCGGUUUUCUGAAAUUCAUGGAAAAUACCUACAUCGAUUCGCCUACCGGACUGAUCGACAUCUUCAGAGCCUGCUGCCAGCCCAUCUCAUCGUUCGCUUGGCCUUUCGAUGUCCUCUGCGCCUUAGCAUGUCUAGAGCCGUCCACCGCUCACGGAGACGUAUCCGGAGAAAUGCGUUCUCGAUAUAUUUUUCGAUUCUAUGACCGGGACGAAGACGGUUUCCUGAACAAGGCCGAGUUAGCCGCUCUGGUGCGGGACGUCGAGCAGGCUCGGUCUUCCGAUAGCCUGACCGAUCUCGAACACACUAUAACGGAAGCCCGGAGAGCCUUCAAUCUCGAUGAAACAGCUCUGCUGGGAUCGAGUGCUUUCUCGAAGGCCCUCGGCAAUCUGCAGUACCGCGGGACGUCGACUCUCUUCCGAGCGAAGUCGUCCGCCUUUCACAAAAUGAGCUUAAUGAAAGUUUCAAAAGCUGCGAAGCGUCGCCGUGCUUCGGAAAACGAGCAGAAUCCCGAGGAGCAGAAUUAUACCAUCGCUUUGCACACGGUCCGAGUUCGGCGGACCGGUUCGGUGAGCGAGGCGUUGACUUGGUGGGACGCUCAAUCCCGCGACGAGAACCAGAACCGCGGAAUCGCUUCCGUCGCACAGAAUCGCCAGGAGCAACGCAUGGGAAGAUCCAUUUCGGUGAAUUCCUUCAACGAGGCAAACCAUCCGAACGAGCUGUUGCUUGCUCUACGAUAUUUCGAGCAUGAAGUUCCGCCCUCGGCGAAAAAUUCACCGAAGCUUGCUUUCAGCUGGGGAGACGUUGAUAGAACAGCUCUUGCGAAUAGCGUUUUGAAAGUUUGUGACUCACUCUAUAAGAUUCUCAUGAAGGAAGAGCGAUUGUUGCGACUACGGAGCCCCACCUAUAUUUUGGGGGACAUUCAUGGAAACUACAGGGAUCUGAUGUGCUUCGAGAAGGCGUUGUGGAGAAUGGGGCCAGUUGUGACUCCGUGCUCAUUCCUUUUCCUGGGUGACUUCGUGGACCGAGGUCCGAACUCACUCGAAGUCAUAGCACACUUGUUUUCGGAUAAGCUUUUAGGACCCGAGAAGUUCUAUUUACUCAGAGGCAAUCACGAAAUUCGAGGAGUGCAGAAGAUCUUCGGGUUCCACAGCGAAUGUUGUCAAAAAUUCGGCGAAAAUCUUGGAACCCGAGUUUGGGAAGCUAUAAACAAAUGCUUCGAUGCCAUGCCGCUGGCGGCAGUGAUCGAUGACAAACUGUUCUGCGUGCACGGGGGAAUCCCGCCCGAUUGGCUCCUGGAGAUCUCCGGUCAACCUAUGGGAAUCGAAGCUAUCAAUCACAUACCUAAGCCGCUGUCCGAUCCUGAGGAGCAGAGUCCCUUGGCCUGGGAAUUGAUGUGGAGUGACCCCGUCUCGAAAUCCGAUGAACCUCCGGCAAUUCCCUCGGAGGAUGGCGACGCGAUGUAUUCCGAAGAUUUCCUGCCAAAUCCAAAGAGACGAACCGCGCACAUGUUCAGCUCGAGGGCCUUGAGCAAGUUUCUGGACUCGAAUCAGCUAUCGCAUGUCAUCCGCGCGCAUGAAGUUCAACAGGCGGGCUUCCAGGUCCAGCAAAAUGAACGUCUUCUGACUGUGUUCUCGUCGUCGCAUUAUUGCGGAGGUUCGAAUGAAGCAGCCUGUGUUCUGGCAGAUCGAUUAAAACUUCGGAUGAUUCGGCUGGACACGUCGUGAAAUUCCUGUGUAUUACAAACAAUCGUUAGAAUAUAUAUCGGAAGUCUAGUUGUUA